GAAGGCGCUGGCCCGGGGUGGCAGGUCCUCUGGAACGUUCUGAACACCUCCCGCCGCCUGAUGCUGCGGACGAAGUCGGGAUGGCUUUGAACUCAGGAUUACCACCAAGUGUUGCACCUUACUAUGAAAACCAUGGGUACCAGCCCGAAAACCUGUACCCGCCACGGCCCCCUGUGGACCCCAGUGCCUACACGGUGUAUCCAGCUCCCUACUACCCGCCCACCGUGCCCCAGUACACCCCCAGGGUCCUGACGAACACCUCCACACCCGCCGUCCGCACGCAGCCCAAGUCCCCAUCGAGGAGACUGUGCACCUCAAAGACGAAGAAGGUGCUGUGCAUCGCCGUUGCCCUGCUGGCCGUGCUCGCCGGCGCGGUGGCGGCCGCACUCCUGCUCUGGAGGUUCACGGAGAACAGGUGCCUGGUGUCCGGGAUGGAGUGUGGCUCCUCGGGGACCUGUGUCAGCGCCUCCCUCUGGUGUGACGGGAUCCUGCACUGUCCCAGUGGGGAGGACGAGAACCAGUGCGUGCGCCUCUACGGCCCCAACUUCAUCCUGCAGGUGUACUCGUCCCAGAGGAAGUCCUGGCACCCCGUGUGCCACGACGACUGGAGCGAGAGCUACGGGCGGGCAGCGUGCCAGGACAUGGGCUACCGGAACAGCUUUUACUCCAGCCAGGGCAUAGCGGACGACAGCGGGGCCACCAGCUUCAUGAAGCUGAACACCAGCGCCGGCAGCACCGACCUCUACAAGAAGCUGUACCACAGCGACGUCUGUUCUUCAAAAACGGUGGUUUCCUUACGCUGUAUAGAGUGCGGGGUGAACUCGAAGAUGGGCCGGCAGAGCCGGAUCGUGGGCGGGUCCAGUGCCGCCCCGGGGGACUGGCCCUGGCAGGUCAGCCUGCACGUGCAGGGCGUGCACGUCUGCGGAGGCUCCAUCAUCACCCCCGAGUGGAUCGUGACGGCCGCCCACUGCGUGGAGGAGCCCCUGAACCACCCCCGGAACUGGAUGGCCUUCGCGGGAAUCCUGAGGCAGUCGGCCAUGUUCUACGGAAACGCGCACCGCGUGGGCAAGGUGAUCUCCCACCCGCACUACGACUCCAAGACCAAGAACAACGACAUCGCGCUGAUGAAGCUGCAGACGCCGCUGACCUUCAACGACAACGUGAGGCCGGUGUGCCUGCCCAACCCCGGCCUGAUGCUGGAGCCCAGGCAGGCCUGCUGGAUCUCCGGCUGGGGGGCCACCUACGAGAAAGGGAAAACGUCAGAUGUGCUGAACGCGGCGAGGGUGACCCUCAUCGAGCCGGCGCGGUGCAACAGCAGAUUCGUCUACAACAACCUGGUCACGCCCGCCAUGCUGUGCGCCGGCUACCUGGCCGGCAGCGUGGACUCCUGCCAGGGCGACAGCGGCGGCCCCCUGGUCACGUUGAAAAGCAGCAUCUGGUGGCUGAUCGGGGACACGAGCUGGGGGUCCGGCUGCGCCAAGGCGAACAGGCCGGGCGUGUACGGGAACGUGACGAUGUUUACAGACUGGAUCUACCGACAAAUGAAGGCAAACAGCUGAUCCGUCCGGCCUUGUCCUCGACGCCGGUUGACGAGGCAGCGAGGGGCUGGUUUUCCCUCUCUGUGCUGGUGUUUGUGAGCGAUGACGCAGAGGUCCUUUCGUUUUGAUUAAACCGUGAACUUGUCCGUCUCUGGCAGUCUCCACAGUGCUGAUCAGGCCACGGUGGCUCCUCCCCGGGCCCUGCUCCCCGAGCUUCUGUCCAAAGGGGGUGACCGCCCGGGCGGGCUGGGUGUGUCGUCUCCGGCCAAGGGGCAGAGGGCUGGAGCCUGCCUCCCCGCAUCUUCCUCUGAGCCCGUCCGGGGGGUGCCCUGGGGCUGGUGACCGCUCAGCUGUGGACGGUUAGAGGUGGGAAGGGUGCCUCCCUCUGGGCCUCUGCUAGGGAGGCCGCUGGGAAGGCCGGGGCCCGUCUUCCCACAGGCGUUCCCACUCACCAGGUCUGACUGACUUCGGAGCAGCCCCGGGCGGUGGCUGGAAACCCAGGGACCCGCCCUUCAUGGGGGGGGGGGGGUGACUUGAUGGUCCCUUGAAGGGGCACGGAGACCUUUUUUCUUCUUGUGAGGGAGAGGGCCGACAGGGCCCUUGGAGCCUGCAGCCAUUAAGACUAAUCACGGGAAAUCGAGGUUCCUGGGGAAAUCAGGGAUGUGUGAUUCAGCGGCGCUGUCUGCCCGCACCGUCUCCACGUUACCGCUACCUCAGUGCGCACGGAGGCCCCACGGGGACGCUCCGGGCCAUCGCCAUGCCGGGCCCCCGGACCUGUGGGCCUUGCCGAGGGGGAGCCGCGGCCAGGAGGAGCCGCCUUCCCGGCACCGGCGCCCGGCCUCACACUCCGGGAAGGCGUUCGCUGAAGAGCAGCACGCGCUUGCGGCGAAGAAGAGGUGUCUUUUGGACUCGGGGUGCGGCCCCUCCCGGACCCUGGGGGUCCCCUGGAAGGAGGGGCCCCGCUGGACCUGCUGGGGAGGCCAGUGCGCAGCCAGCACGCUGGUUUCCAGGAACAGAAGGAUCCAUCUGCUGGGACUUGACCUUGGGGGGCAGGUUGUGCUCUUCUCAGGAUGCUCGCUCCUCGGCUCCCGGGGCAUCGGCGUCCGGAGGUCUCCCAGGCCCGCGGCACUGAGGCUCCCGGCUCCUCUCGGGGAGCGCCCGUUCUUCCUUUCCUCCUAUUUAUGUGACCCCCCGUCUGUCUUGUUUUGUAUCCUUUUUUUUUUUUUUUAACUGUAAAUUGAACUGUGAAAUGUUGUACAAAUAAAUUAUGCUCUUUUUCCAAAUA